AUGUCGGGUUCUUCAGAAUGGAGUAGUGGAUGCGAGUCAGGAUGGACUCUUUACUUAGACCAUUCUGUUUCUUCUUCUCCAAGCCCUUCUUGUUUCCGAGACUCAAAUGGGUUUGAUAACAGAAGAAGAAGCAAAGAAUCAUGGAGCCAAAGUUAUGUGCAUCAAGAAGAAGAGGAAGAUUUGUCAAUGAUUUCAGAUGCAUCUUCUGGUCCUAGGAAUAUUUAUGAGGAAGGUUCUGUCAAAAACUUAAACAAUGUUGAUCGUAAGAUACAGAGCAAGAGAGAAAAGGAGAGGAGAGAUAAUGAGAAAAUGAACUCUCUACUUGAUGACACUGCUAGUUCUCAUAUGUUGCAGAAAAGUGUGGGUUGUGGUAAUAAGAUAGAGGAAACCUUUCCAGAAUGUACAUUGGAUUAUUCACAAGGCUUCUCCGCAACUCACUUUCAGGUUUCUCUCUCUCUCUUCACUCAGUGA